GCCGCGAAAAUCGUGUGCAAUAAAUAGGAGGCGCAAUCAUGGCGUCCAAGAGUAGGAAACGGGAAGCUGAUUUGCAUCAGAUACCUGGACGAAAUGUCAACCGUAACGAUGUUGUUAUGGUCAACGGUGUCUCUGGCAAAUCAUCGAGGAAACCUGGCACAUCCAAGAGCUUCGUCGAAGGAUCUGUCGUGCGCAUUUUGAUGGAAAACUUUGUAACCUAUGACAAGUGUGAAUUCCGUCCUGGUCCUCAUCUAAAUGUAAUCAUGGGUCCCAAUGGAACAGGCAAAUCCACAGUGGUAUGCGCUAUGUGCUUAGGUCUUGCAGGGAGUACCAGUUUGCUUGGACGAGCUAAAGAGGUUGGUGAGUUUGUGAAGCAUGGUAGUAAUGAAGCAAUAAUUGAGCUGGAGUUGUAUAAAGAUCCAAAGAAUGUCAUCAUACGACGUGUUAUUACCAAACAAGGGAACCGGACAACAUGGUUUCUGAAUGGCAGUCGCUGUCAUAUGAGAGAUGUCCAAGACAAAGUCAAGAGUCUGAAUAUUCAGAUCAGUAACCUUUGCCAGUUUCUACCACAGGACAAAGUGGUUGAGUUUGCAAACAUGUCAAAUGUAGAACUGCUUGAAAACACUGAAAAAGCGGUUGGAUCCCCUGAGCUAUUCGACCAGCAUUGUCGUCUGAAAAACUUUCGUAAUGAGCAAAAAGAAAUGCUCCUUCAACACCAGGAGAUGUCACAUCAUCUUGAGAAGUUGACUGAGAAAAACAGUCGUCUGGAGGCAGAUGUGAAACGCUACCAAGAAAGACAACAUCACUUGGAGGUCAUUGAGACAUUGGAAAAGAAAAAGGCCUGGGUGGAGUAUGAUACCAAGCGUAAAAUGUACGUGGAUCUAAAGAAGAGACAAGAGGCUUUGAAGACUGAGCUGCGUGAAGCACAAGCUGUUAAUGCACCCAUUCAACAAAAACUGGAUACCUUAACAGCCAAGCUUCAAGAGUUGGACACUGUCAGCAAGGAAAUGACCAAUGAAGCACGGCAGUUGGCCAACGCUGCCAAUAAAAAGCAUGAGAAGAUUGAUGAGUUUUCCAGUGAUUUGACUGAGAUACAAGAUGAGCUGAGAGUUAAACAGCAGGAUGAAGAGAAAAGACAAGCAAAGAUAAGAGGUCACCUCAGUUUGGUGGAAGGAUGGCAGAAGGAACUGGAACAAAUACCUCCUGUUGAGGACAUUAAGCCACAACUGGACCAGAAUGCUGCUUCACUGCGAGCAAUUGUCCGAGAAGUGAGUGGUAUCGAUACAGAGUACAAUGGCAUCAAAACAGAACGCGAGUCUCUACAGAGAGAGAAAAGAGAUUUGGAAUUACGUCUGAGACGUUUGAAUGACCAGAAAGACAUGCGUUUGGGAGAGUUACAGAAAUACUAUCGAGAUACAUACAAUGCUGUGGAAUGGCUACGUUCAAAUCAAGAUAUGUUCAAACACAAGAUUCAUGAACCAGUGGCAUUAGUGAUUAAUGUUCCAAACAAGGAGCAUGCCAAAUAUAUAGAGCAUGCUAUUCCAACCAACGACAUGCUGGCAUUUGUAUGUGAGGAUGCUGAUGAUAUGGAACUAUUCGUCAGCUUGGUUAGAGAGAAGCAGAACUUGAGAAUAAAUGUUGUGAAGAGCCCAGGGGAUCCUCUCUCAAGCUUCAAACCUCAAAAAUCCAUUGACGAUGUAAAACGUUGGGGAUUCAAUCAUUACCUGCGUGAUUUGAUCGAGGCACCAGAAGCUGUCAUGGUGUACUUAUGUAAGAUGCAUAAGUUGCAUAACGUCCCUCUUGGUAGCAGAGUAACACAGGAUAGCAUUGAUAAAGUUGUGAAGGAGUCUGGGGUGACGAGAUUCUACACACCGGACCACAAUUACAUUGUCAGACGGUCACGAUACGGCAACCAUCAACAAUCCACUGACAGCAACUUUGUUGCUGAUGCAAGAUUGCUCAACAUUUCUGUAGACAUGAGUGCCAAGAGAGAGUUGGAACAGAAUAUACAGGAAAUUGAGCACCAACUUGGAGUGGGGCAACAGAGAUACAAGGAAUUACAGCAACGUAGACAGGUCCUGAUGACACAAGAUAAUGAAUUGAAGGAACAGAAGAAAGGAUUGAUACAAAAAAGAGACAGACACAAAACCAUCUUGCAGAAUAUCGCUGCAAAGAGAGAAGCGAUACGGAAAUGUGAAGCAUCAGCUAUAGAUGUGGAGGCAGAAAUGGCUAAAGCAAGCAAGAAGAUUAAAGCCAUUAAUGAGAAAAAGCUCAAACUUGUCAAGGAAUUCAGCCAACUCAUCAAAGAUUGUAUUGAGAGGACCAAGGAGAAAGUUGAGCUAGGAAUGAAAUAUGCUGUCAUAUUUAAUCAGAAGACUCACAUUGAAGCUACACAGAGAGAAGCCAGUGCCAACCUGCAACGCUUAGAGAAUGAGAAGAUAGAACUCCUGACUAUUUUGAGGAAUACAAAGGAUGUUGCUAGACAGCUAAUCAGACGAGCUCAAGAGUUGACUGGCUCAGAAGAACCAUCCACAGAACUCAGGGAGGCCUUCAGUACUUGCCCUGAUGAUCUAGACGAGAUUGAGCAGAAAAUUCACUACGUCCAAGCACAAGCUGACUGUCUUUUUGAAACAGACCAGAGAGUGGUACAAGAAUUUGAGCAUCGUAAGGUUGAAAUACAAAGCCUGACAGAAAAGGUUGAAAGAAGCCAACAGCAAAUGGAUAGAAAGCUAUCAGAAAUCGAUGACAUGAAACAACACUGGAAGGAGGACUUAAAUGGGCUGAUUGCUGACAUCAACCAACAAUUCUCCAACUUCUUUGAAGCUAUGGGUUGUGCUGGAGAAGUCAAACUACAGUAUGAUAGUGAAGAGGAUUAUGACAAGUAUGGUAUCAGUAUUCAGGUUAAGUUUCGUAAAUCAGAGCAGAUGAGAGAACUGACAUCUCAUUAUCAGAGUGGAGGUGAACGCAGUGUUUCUACAAUCUUGUAUCUGAUGGCUUUACAGGAACUCAACAAGUGUCCAUUUAGAGUUGUGGAUGAGAUCAAUCAGGGCAUGGAUCCCAACAAUGAGCGUCGAGUCUUUGAGCUUGUUGUUAAGACAGCUUGCCGGGAAAACACAUCUCAGUAUUUUCUCAUUACACCUAAGUUGCUGUUGAAUCUGAGUUAUGGUCCCAAGAUGACGGUGAUCUGUGUGUACAAUGGACACUGGAUUAUGCCUUAUAGUCAUUGGAAUCUGGAAGCGUUCUGUCGAAGACGACGAAGGUUACUGGUCCAGUAAAUAGACUUAUCAGGUUGAGCUUUGAAGAACAGCAUUUCAUUGUGGGACAUUGCACUCUAUAAUUAGGAUCACAUUUUACUGUAUUUGGUCACAGUACAGGAAUGGAUGGUAUUUCCAUAUUAGAUGUGACCGUAUGCUUGCUUACCAAAGGAAAGCUUGAUCCCACACACUAAUAGGUAAUUCCAGAAAUUAGGGGUCCAAAAGGGUAACAAUUUUGUUUCCUUGUUACAUCUGACCUUGUUAUGUGACAG